UGGUUUACUACGUUGCAAAAGUGUUAGUGCUUCAACCGAGAAGAAGAAGAAGCUUUCAGUCUUCAGAAAUUCAGAGAAGAGAAACGGAAGGGGAAGAGUGAAGGAAAAGCAAAUCAAAAGAUGGGAGAAACUGCUCCGCCUCCUCCUCCACAGGUGGUUGCUCCGCCGUCUCAGAUGCCUCUUGGGGCGGCGAGGGGUCCUACUUGGACUCCAGCUGAGCAGCUCCACCAGCUUCAGUAUUGCAUCCACUCCAACCCCUCUUGGCCGGAAGCAUUCGCACUCGCUUUUCAGCACUAUAUUGUGAUGCUUGGAUCCAUAGUUAUAAUUGCCAGUAGUCUCGUGCCUCAGAUGGGUGGGGAUCAUGGUGAUAAAGCCCGCGUGAUUCAGACGAUGCUGUUUAUGUCAGCAAUAAACACUUUGAUUCAAACAUUCCUUGGAACAAGGCUUCCAACGGUGAUGACUGCGUCAUUUGCUUUUACUCUGCCGGUGUUGUCAAUCAUCAAUGAUUACUCUGAUCGGAAUUUUAGAAGUGAACAUGAGAGGUUUGAGGUCACAAUGAGAACGAUUCAGGGAUCUCUUAUUGUAUCUUCCUUCCUCAACAUCUUCAUUGGGUUUAGUAAGGCAUGGGGGAACUUCACAAGAUUUUUUAGUCCAAUCGUCAUUGUGCCAGUGGUUUGUGUAGUCGGUCUUGGUCUUUUCGCACGUGGCUUUCCACUUCUUGCUAACUGUGUGGAGAUUGGUCUGCCUAUGCUGAUCCUGCUCGUCAUUACUCAACAGUAUUUGAGGCGCGCUCUUCCUAGAGCCCAUCACAUACUUGAGAGGUUUGCUUUGCUUCUAUGCAUUGCGCUUGUAUGGUCAUUUGCUGCUGUCCUCACUGAGGCUGGUGCUUAUAACAAUGCUAAACAGCAGACUAAACAAAGUUGCCGUACAGAUCGCUCUUUCCUUAUAUCAUCUGCUCCUUGGAUUAAAUUCCCAUACCCGUUUCAGUGGGGUGCACCCAUUUUCCGAGCAAGCCAUGUAUUUGGGAUGAUGGGAGCAGCCAUUGUUACAUCUGCGGAGUCAACUGGAACAUAUUUUGCAGCAGCGCGGCUUUCAGGUGCUACACCCCCUCCAGCAAGUGUAGUGAGCCAGAGUAUUGGCCUGCAGGGUGUUGGCAUGCUGCUUGAAGGAAUUUUUGGCGCUGCUGUUGGUACCACUGCAUCCGUUGAAAAUGUUGGCCUGCUUGGAUUGACACACAUAGGGAGCAGGAGAGUGGUGCAGAUUUCAACUGGUUUCAUGUUCUUCUUCGCUAUAUUUGGGAAGUUUGGCGCUUUCUUUGCAUCGAUUCCUUUGCCGAUAUUUGCUGCCAUGUACUGUGUUUUAUUUGGAAUUGUCGCUGCUGUUGGGAUCACAUUCAUUCAGUUUGCAAAUAAUAAUUCCUUGAGAAACAUCUAUGUUUUGGGUCUUUCCCUGUUUCUUGGGAUUUCAAUACCUCAAUAUUUUGUCUCGAACACCAGCCCGAAUGGUGUCGGGCCAGUUAAAACAGACGGUGGAUGGUUUGAUAACAUAUUGAACACCAUCUUCUCAUCGAGCCCGACAGUGGCGAUAAUCGUGGGGACGCUGCUGGAUAACACGCUUGACGCGAAGUAUGCCGUUGACGACAGAGGACUUGCAUGGUGGCGUCCCUUCCAGAGCAGGAAAGGAGAUGCUAGAAAUGAGGAAUUUUAUAGUCUACCUGUUAGGAUACGGGAGUACAUCCCUACCAGAUUUCUCUAUUAAGUACAACAGAACAUGUUCAUAAACUAUGAGCAGGUCUAAUUUCUUGUUCUUUUAACUGUUUAUGUACAUGAUGCGAGGGUUUGUUAUUAAUACAUAUAGAACUAUGUAUCCUAGAAGCCCAAAGGACAUGAAAAACAGACUCAACAACAAAAACCCUUGAUAAAAGGCCAUUGCCUCUUCCCUUUGCCCCAUGGUUGUUAAUAUGGUUGGAAGGGAAGAAAAAUGAAAAGGGCAAUUCCACUUUGAGGGGGAACCCCUAAACUUCAGCAAGGCUCCCUAAUUAUGUCACAUACGCAGUGGGUUGUGUUGUAUCAAAAUAAAGUGUUUUAAGAAUGA